AUGCAGUGGCAGUCCGGCUUCUACAGCCAGCCAGUCCAGACGCUCCCCUCGUCGCCCUUCUCACAACCUCACCUCCUCUCGUCACCCUCGCACGCCCCUUCUUCAUCGCUUGCGACGACUUCGCCCGCACACGCCGUCCCGUUUGGCGCGAUACCCGGCAGCCAGCCUGGAGUUCUCGGCUGGGGUGUGGGGAUGAGCGCAGCAAACGGCGGCGGGUUUGGUUUCGGGUUUGCGGGCGCGAGGAUGACUGGAUCAGGAGGGGGCGGGGCGAGCGGGUCUUCUUCGCGUGCUCAGACGCCUGCGAGUGUCGGCUGGGGCUCGGCACAAGGUGCGAGGCCAUCGUCGCCUGCGCAGGGUGGGCCGUCGACGCCCUCGAACUCGCGCCGACGGAGGCGCAGUGCCUCGCCUGAAGGGUCGAGUGACGAGGAGGGACCGUCGCUGCGGGCUGUCAGGCCAAUGCGAUCGUUGCAGUCUGGAGGCGGGAAGCGCGCGCGGACUGUCCAGGCGGCAAGUGAGGCGGCGAGCGGGUCGACUGCUUCGUCCCAGGGCCCCGUUGUCGACCUUGGCAAAGCGCUCGCCUCGCUCGACAAACCCGCUCUCCUCAAUGUCUUCUCGAAACUCUUGACGACCUCCCCGCACCUCGCCUCGACCAUCGCCUCUUUCCUCCCUACUCCGACUCUCUCCACCACCCUCGAGUCACUCUCCUCGCUCGAGCACGCCGUCAUCGCCGCGACUCCGACCGGCGCCUUCCUCCGUCCCGACUACAUCUUCUCUCGCGUCCGUCUCCCGCUCGAAGAGUACGUCUCCGAGACGAAGCGAUACCUCUCGCUCUUUGUCCCGGUCCAGCAGCCUACGGGCCCACUCUCGGAGGACAAUCUCGCACACCCCUCAACCGCAUUCCAGUUCCUCCACGCUCUCACCUCCUCCCUCCUCCGCCUCGAAUCGACUCUCCCCUCCUUGAACUCUUCCUCGACUCCUUCUGCGCCGCCCGCGAACCCGCUUGCAAGCCACCUCGUCCCCCUCACCCUAAACGCCUGGCACCUCUUCCUCACCCGCCUCUCGAGCGCAAUCAAUACCCAAGGCCGCGUCCUCCCGACCUCGCUCGUCCAAUCCUGGUUUGACCAGGUUGAUGCGCUCGCUGGGUCGAAUUCACUGGGCGUUGGUAGAGAGAGGGCGAGUCAGGUCCGGAAGGCGAUGGAGGGUGUCAGGGAGAGGAUGGGGAGGGAAGUUGGGUGGUUGAUAGGGCUGAAAAGCGAUGCCGCGGCGGUUGGUGGGUCGGGUAUGGAAGGUGUAGAGCAAGAAGAGGAGCUCUAG